UGAGUUGAGUUUCGCUCCCGGAGAAGGUGGCUCUUGGGAAGUGCCGUGGGUGCAAUCCGGGUCGGGGGGGUGGGAAGGAGGGUGUGCCCGCCCCUCCCCUUGCAAGUAGUACCGACGUCGGUGGGGGUCCCUCAGGAGCCCCAGGAACUCGGUUACUCGGCGCCUUGGAGGCUACAGCCCGCAGGGGAGCGUUGCCCGCGUGCAAAGCACCGGCCGCGCGAUUUGCAGGGAUCAGCGGGGAGCUCUGAGCGCGUGAGCGGCGGCGAUGGCUUCCAAACUCCUGCGGGCCGUCGUGCUGGGCCCCCCCGGCUCUGGCAAAGGGACCGUGUGCCAGAGAAUUGCCGAGAGCUUCGGGCUCCAGCACCUUUCCAGCGGGCACUUCUUGCGGGAGAACAUCCGGGCAAAGAGCGAAGUUGGUGUCUUGGCAAAGCAAUAUUUAGAGCAAGGCCUUUUGGUACCGGAUCACGUCAUCACCAGUGUCAUGAUGAUGGAGCUGGAGAAAAAGCAGUCUCAGCAUUGGCUACUUGAUGCCACAUUAUCAUCCAUUCCCACAACCACAUAUAUCAUCUUGCUCUGGGCAAGUCUCACACUCAUACACCUGUUAGUUCUUGGAGAAUCUCUUCCUUUUUUCCCCUUUCAGAAUGAUGGUGGCAAAUUUUACUCAAUAGUUUGGGUGAGAAUCUCUACAGCAGUUGGUUUUCCUAGGACACUGGUGCAAGCUGAAGCACUUGACAGAAUCUGUGACCUGGAUCUAGUGAUCAAUUUAAACAUCCCAUUCGAGACGCUAAAAGAUCGUCUAAGCGCUCGUUGGAUUCACCCAGCUAGUGGAAGAGUGUAUAAUAGGGAGUUCAACCCACCUGAUGUACAUGGGAUCGAUGACAUCACGGGUGAACCAUUAAUCCAACGGGAAGAUGAUAAACCUGAUGCUGUUGCUGCUCGGCUAAGAAAAUACAAAGAAGCUGCAAAGCCAGUAAUAGAAUUAUACAAGAGCAGAGGUAUCCUACACUCAUUUUCUGGGACAGAGACCAACAAAAUCUGGCCUUAUGUUUACACUCUGGUUUCCAACAAGGUCCGGCCUGUCCAUUCCAAAGAAGCUAAUUAACCAUCUUAUGUAAAGGAUCAAGAAUUUAAUACGGUUGUUCAUUUUGUUUCUCUGUGCCGUAUUGGUGUUGUGCCCAGUUAGAGGAUAGUACAAUGUCUAGAACAACUUCUUGGGUUUACUGGAGUCUACAGUUCUGGAAAUGCAGUUACAGCCAGUGUCAGGGUGGAAAAGAACUCUUUCUGUAAAAGGUGAAGUCUGCUGGAGUAAGUUCUAGUUUUCAUGCUACAAAAUAUUGCUGAUGUGAUCCGGGAACCCUAAUCAAUGAUUCAGACUUAGAUAUACUCUUCAAGUCUGUCUAACCUGUCAUGGUUCCCUCCCACUUAUCCCUGAAUCCAUGUAUAUAUGCAAUGUGCUGCACCAUUGCUCCACAACACCCUUUUCCUUGAGCUAACUCUACAUAGCAACUUCUUUAUUUUCUCUGAGAAAUAAAAACCCUAAAUGCAGACUUUGACCCCAUGGGGAAUCAGUGAGUAACAUGGAAAAUAUUUACAUUGCAAAGCUCAAAUGUGAAGACAACAUGUUCAGUAUUAAUAAACAUAGAAGAAAAAAAGUUCUGGAGGUUAAAUAUAUACUUGUGCUGUCCUCAAAAAAAAUAAAAAUAAAUGCUGCUAUAUGUUCUAGUUUUCACUAAGUGGUGUAAUGUAUGCCAACCAAUAGACCAGGAAACUGAGUAAGCCUAAGUUUGUCCAUGAGAAAUGAGUUACACUAGUCUGUGCUUUGGUUGUUUAUAACUUUAACACUACAAGAUAUGGGCAUAGUAUAUUAGUUUGUCCCAAAGUUUUAUUCUAAUGUCUUUUUUGUAAUUUUAUCUGGAAAAAGUUCAUUGUAUCUAUCUAUUCUGCCUUUAUAACGGAGGUUCUUUCUUCUCUCGGUAUACAGGGGCCAUUCUGGGGGGAAAUACCCUUAGCAGGGGAUUACUUUUUCACAUAAUGAAGGAACACUUUAGGAUCUGGUCCUUCAGGUCUUACACAGACACAAUUCUCAUUGACAUCUGUUAGUUAUGCACAUGUGUUGGAUGGCAAGAGUCGCAACCAAUUGGUGGUAUUUAAGCACUUUGUGAAUCAAAAGCAAUUGUUUGUUCUUGUACAUUCCUUGAUAGUCAGGCAAAACUGACUGGUACUUUCUGUACACGUUGUUGUAGCUGUGUUGGUCUCAGGAGAUUAGGGAGACAAGGUGGGUGAGGUAAUAUCUUUUUUAUUGAAAGUUGGUCCACUAAAAGAUAAUGCUUCACCCGCCACCUGAGGUUAUGUACAGUUAAGCAUGCAGCUCACUUGCCAGAAACAUUUCCAAGCACUGAACAAAACACUGCAUUUUUCUAGAGGUGUCUCGAUUUUUACAUAGGCUUUUUUCUCUGUUCAGAUUUUUAGUUUCUGGUUACAGCUAAUGGAAUGGGAAAGCUUUACUGUAAUAUUUUUUUUUUGUCCUCUGAAGACAUUAAUUUCCAGUUUACAGCUACAGCUGCAGUGAUCUGAAACACUGUGAACUACUAGUGAUUCUUGUGGGGAGGAAAUAUAAGUGUUCCUGGAUUGACAAUGUUACAUGUGAAUGAAUUUGUUGUUAACAAACACCUUUUAAGGUGUAUGAAAUCUCUUCCUCACUUUCCUUUGUUCCUAUUUUCAUGUGUUGAGUCAUGAAGCUAGAUGUCAUGGUGGCUUUUCUAAACUGGAAUUACUGUAAAUUUGUUUGACUUGAUCUUUAAUACUUACAGUACCUAAUUAACGGGUGUGAUUUACCUCGUAAGGCCAUGUCUCCUUAAGUUGCCUUAUUUUAUAAGCUAUUUAAGAAAAACCAAGAUUGUGUAUUUUUGAGAAAUAAGAUGGAUUUUACAGAAUAGCCUUUAGAGAACUUUUUACCAAGCUGUUUCAGUCACAUAGCUUGCUACAGUCCACAGUAACCGACUAGAAGAGCUACCUCCAUAUUACAAUAGACCGGUGGUUUUCAAACUUUUUUCCCCGCGGACCAUUUGAAAAUUGCUGAGCGUCUCUGUGGACCACUUAAUGAUCUUUACAAAUGUUUUUUGUACCGUUAACUAACUAUUGUAAAGCGCUUUGGAUAAAAACGCUAUCUUAAAAAAAAAACCUUAAUUUUUAUUCUACAAAUAAAAGCACACAACUCAUAUUUUAAUAUGUUGUCUUACCUUCCCUCCACCUCCCCACCCCCCUGCUGUGGCAGCCCCCGAGCUGAGGCUGGGAAGGAGGGGGGGGAUCUCUCCCUCUUUUCCACUGUGGCAGCCCCUGAGCUGAGGCUGGGAAGGAGGACCGCCUCUCCCCAGCAGCCGCAGCCCUGGACCUGGGGAAAGUCGCCUCUUUCUCUGGCCACAACACAUCCUUGCACGUCCCAAAUUCCCCCCAAGGCCACCACCUCUCCUUACAUGUGCGUCUUCUCCAGGGUUCAGGCACCUAAUUAGUGGAGCCAAUAGCCGUAGCGUAGCCAGGAGGGGAGCAGGGGGAGCAGCCCCUCCCCCUCUGAGCACAAGUGGCACCUUUUUUAAUUUUUACUCACCCGCCACUGUUCUGGGUCUCUGGCAGCGGGGGCCUUCACGCACUCCGGCUCGGCUGGGGCCUUCAUGCGCUCCAGGUCCUUGGCGGCAUUUCAGCGGCGGGGGCCUUCAGUGCCGUCGAGGACCUGGAGCGCUGCCCAGUGAGUACAAGCGGUCGGCACUUUUUUUUUCUUAUGUCCUGCGCGGCUCCACUAAUUGGUGGGUGGCCCUUCAUUCUCUUGUGUGCGUCUGCCCAGAUGUGUACCUUAGGGAACUAUCCGCAGACCACCUGAAUGGAGCUCGCGGGCCACGGUUUGAGAACUAUGCAAUAGAAAACUUGAUUAAUUACAACAGUUAACAAGCCGGGCAAGUGUCUGCUGCUGAAAUGUCACCAUUCCUGCUUUUUGCUCUUGAAAAUGCACUCCUGAAGAGUGGCUAUAAGUUUGUAGGGGAAGGAUUCUUAGGUGGAACUUACUUUGGCUUUCUGAGGCCUGGGGAGAUUUGUCUGAGUAGAAGUCUUCUUUUUUUUUUUUUUCUUUUUUUAAAGUAAAGUCAUCCUACUUUAAUGUUUUUUCCCAGCCAGGAAGAUGCUAAUGUUUGUCUUGGCAUUCUUUUGUGAUGGGAAGACAUGAGUUAUCAGUAUGUUCGCAUCCUCCCUUCUUUUGUACCACUCACAUUACAUUUGGCCUAGUAGUGCACUAGAUUUCCACCAGCCUUAUCCUGGAUUCCAUUUUCUUCCCUAUAAAUCGUGGCCCCCUCCUGCUCCUGGCAGUAGAAGGCACACUCUGGCAGUCCCAGAGUAUUGCAACCAGUCGGCCAUUGUCAUCAGUAGCCCAUCAGACAGGCAGGCAUCCUGUGACCAUUUGCGUGUUAGCCAUGAUGAUACUGAGCAGUAUUGCACAGUACGAUUUCUUACUGGGGACUGUUGCAUUCACAGUAGUAUAAUUAGAAAGUUGGACCCUAUUUUGAUUAUAGAACCACUAUGCAAUGUGGUGAGGUCAGUGCCUUCCUAAUUGGAAUGCAUGGCUUUGGACUGGGAUCAGACAGCUUUCUAAAUGUCUUCCCUUUCUAAGUGAGACAAAGCAGAACUGCAUUGAUGUGGUAUGAAAAAGCUGAGUGAAAAACCCUAAUGGCCUGAACUGAUCUCUCCACUUGUGUAUGAGGCAGGGUUUUGAGGUGCGUAAAGGGAACAACCUAGAGGACAUGAAGAUGUGUGUGCAACCCUUCCUGGGAACCCAUGUUAUGCACCAGGAUACGUAUCAAUCCAUAGGGUUUUGGGGACAGGGCCAAGAAUGGGAGAUGUAGCAGCAGUUAUGGAUCUGCCAGGUUGGGAGGCCUGGUUCUCAGCUGCCUAUCCAUUCUCCCCAGUUGCCUUCCACUGAAAGUAAUGAUCUAAAGGAGGCACUGAGGAGUUCUAAGGCCUGCUCUCAAUGGGAGACAUCCCACUGAUUGGAGCGGAGCAGAACUGAAUUACAGGGCUAACCAGGUUCUCAACCAGGUGUGGGAGGACAGGAAGAGCAUGUGGGAGAUCUGUGCUAACUGUAUGGGUGGGGAGGUCCUUGAAGAGAUCUACCAUCCAUCUAGUUAAAACCAACUUCUAAUGGUUGGUUCUUUCCACUAACAGGACUGUACUCUAAACAAAAGAAAUGGCUUAAAUUCAUAAUAUAUGUUAGUAACAAAAGGAGUUAUUUGAAAGUAAAACUGUUGCUUGAAGAAACAAAUGAGGCUCCUGGAAAACCUCUUCUUUCGCAAAGGGGUUAGGUAAAGGGUAUUUAAAUUAUUUUAAAAUAUGCUAAUGUAGGGACAGUGGGAGUUGCUUGUGUGCACAUCUCUGACUUUUAACGCUGGUGUGCUCCACUCACUGCAUGAGACAGACCACUGCUGGAUUUCUAGCCAUGUUAGGAAUCGCAUAUGCUGUAGUAGUCCCUGUUUGUUGCCAUGAGUGUCUGUUCUGUGGGAUGAGGACCACCAGAAGGGAAGGUGCUAGGGCAGGAGUCUUCUGAGCACUCGCAUUCCCACAUGCUACUGAGAAGUAUGAUGGAGGGAGUGCUGGGUCUGGGAGAUGUAUGGAUGGAGCCCUUGAAAAGCGGCUGCUGUAGGAGGUGGCGAAGAGAAUAAAUGUGACCGGACUAAAAAUUCCUAAUAUCUGAAAUAAACUUUAUCAAAGUUGCUAAACUGAUGCAACUGUAGAGUAGGAGGAAAACACUGAUGGAAAAAUAAGUGUGUGGGAAGGGAUGCAUUUGAGAAUAUUUUCUGUUUGCCAAUAGGUGUUAAACUCCUGUUGGAAAUGCUGUGUAAUCUCCAUUUUAAGCAAGCAUUCAAAUCCAGCGUCUCAUUUCACUGCCUUUACUGUCCUACCCUCCAGUGCCAUUCAGGGGGAUAUAUUUGAACAGUGUCAUUUGGAGCUUUCAUUUGUAUCCAUUAUUUUAUUUGUUUUUUGUCUCUGUAUUGAACACAUUCAGUGUUUUAAGAGUCUUCCUUGAGACCAUUCUCCUUAUCUUUAUCAAAACCUACGAAAGUACAAAUGCUGCUGUUUCCAUUGUUUUUCAGGCUGUUGUAUUUCAUCAGACAAGAGGCUCUUUUGGGCAUCCUAUGCUGCAUCUUUCCCCUUAGGGAAAUUUAUUCUUCUAGUUAUGUAAGAUGAAUGGCUUAGAACAACAUUUGGACAUGCUAGAGCCACAACAAUUCCUAGAUGGAUGGAGACAUACACCUUUGAACUGUAGCUAGAACACCUUUCACUUUAUUAUGCCCCCCCCCACUCUCUCCAUUAGUAGCCGUAGCCAUUUUUACAUGCGUGUAGAAUAUUUCAUAUUGUGCUUUAUAAACAUUAAUUAGUCCCCAGGCAGUUCAUGCUGCCCCUAUUUUGCAGAUGGAGGUAUGUGACUAGCCAGAGGUCACUUGCUGACUUUGAGUGUGGGGCUGUAAUCCUGUGCUGAGUGCAUUGGACUACGUGUGUGUAACAUUCUGCUGAAGAAGUGACAGAACUACCUUUUGGAGGUGCGUCCAUGUCCUGUUCCCCUGCAGUAGCUGCAAACUCCAUUCUUGGUGGCCUUUCUUCUGCAAACUUUUUUUUUUUGUUAGGUUUCCUGUAAAGUUACUGAGAAGAUAAUUGUUGAAUGUCCAGGUUGUGCAUUGAUCAUAGGACUGGAAGGGACCUCGAGAGGUCAUCUAGUCCAGUCCCCUGCAUACAUGGCAGGAUUAAGUAUUAUCUAGACCAUCUCUGACAGGUGUUUAAAAAUCUCCAGUGAUGGAGAUCCCACAACCUCCCUAGGCAAUUUAGUUCAGUGCUUAAGCACCCGACAAGAAGUUUUUCCUAAUGUCCAACCUAAACUUCCCUUGCUGCAAUUUAAGCCUAUUGCUCCUUGUCCUAUCCUCAAAGGUUAAGAACAAUUUUUCUCCCUCCUCCUUGUAACAGCAUUUUAUGUACUUCAAAACUGUUAUCACGUCCCCUUUUAAUGUUCUUCGAUUUUAAAUUCACUGAUACUAUCUCCACCGCUGGCAGUUUUAAAAUCUAGAUUGUAUGUUUUUCUUAAAUACAUAGUCUGGAAAUUUUAUUUGGGUGAAGUUCUAUGGCCUGUGUUAUGCAGGAGGUCAGACUAGACGAUCACAAUGGUCCCUUCUGGCCUUGGAAUCUGUGAAUCUAUGAAAAUAGCAAUCUCUAUUCUUUGUGGCAUCUACAAACUUUUUUAAUGUCAAUUUUUAAAAGAGUUGUAAAUUCUUUACAUCAAUUUGACACCUGAUCACCUUGGGGAUAAUACUAUAUUUACAUACCACAGCAGGGCAUUGGUGGAUCAACAUAAAGCACUAUACAAAUAUGAAGUGUUGUCUAUUCCAAGAGUUGGCACUCACAGCAUGUGCAUUCCUCAGGGUUUAUUAAUGAUGCUGUGGGUUGGAGUGGUAGUGAUUGACUUCAGGAAGUAUGCGAACACCAAUACACUACACAUGGUUGCACUGUCAUUUCAGCACUAGGUUUUUUUAAGUUUGAGUUUGUAAAAUGGCUGCCACACCUGUUUAGUGCAAAGCAGAAUUCAGGAGACCCUGAAUUGGGAUAGGAACCCCAAAACUCACUUGAAACUAGGUACAACCUGGCAAUCUGUCAAAUCCAACAAUUUAUGAUGAUCCCUCUCAUCCCAGAGUCCAGCUCUACCUUUUUAGUUGUCUACACUGUGUGCAAAGGGGUGGGGUGUUUGGAGUGUAGUUAAAGGGAUGGAAUGGAUGUGUGUGUUUACCUUAGAACUGCAAUGGGAGGGCUUGUUAGAGGUUUUAGGUCCUAAAUAAAUCCACUUUUUUUUAGGAGAGGAACAGCCUAGUUUUACAAGGCAUGUACUCAUUAAAUAUUGGUGUGCAAAUUAUCUAUAGAUACUUGUACUGUGUUUUUAAAGAAUGGAUCAAAUCAUUGCAGAGAUAAACAUCUUCAAUUUGAACUGCAUACCAUCCCACUGCACUUGGGUCACACAACCUACCUAUGUUAAUUGUUUUACUUCAGCUUUCUCCUACUGUCUGAAUCUUCCUGUCAGAACACAACACAAUUCCCCACUUCAUCCCCUGACUUUGGUACUUUACUGUGAAUCUUAUGCAUGGUAUUUUUUUUUUUUAAAGUGGUGACAGUUUUGUAAUAACUGGGGUUUGGAGGAGGAGGUUUCCUCUGUCUGUCCUCUCUCCUUAGGAACCAUUUGGUAUUUGUAUGUUUGCUGAUGGCUGGAAAUGUAACAGCGAGUUUAUUCUUGGAUGGUCUCGUCCUUGGAGAAUCACUACAGCUAUAUUGCCAUUUGAUAUAUGUAAAUUUUUUUUUCCCUGCUUCUA